ACUCUUACCUGCAGCUGCUACUGUGUCAGGACCACACAAACACAGCUCAUCUCUCAUCUCUUUCAUGCUCUCACACACUAAUGGUGGACCGGCCCCUCCUACCUGCCUCGGCCCUCCCACGAGACGAUAUGGACUGAACUAUUUUUGAGCCAAUUAAGUGGAUCCUGCAGCUGGAACAAUACGUAAUCAGAGCAAGGAUCCCUCCGUUUUGUUUUUUGGGCGACGGAUGCAUUGAGAGAUCAGGAUGAAGGAUUUGGGAUUUUGUGGGGAUUUUGGCUGAAACGCUGCUGUGAUGUGAUUCUGUUGUUGUUUUCUAUUUGUGAUAUUUUACUUAUGUAGACAAUAAGAAUGGUCUUUUCAGUGAAAGCUGGACAUCCCGCUUCCUCUGCCUCCCUUGAGUCUUUCUCCUCAAUCUGAGCUUUUUCUCUGAACCCACAAUGUUUGCCAGGAUCUUCAUUCCCAAGAAGCACCGGGAGCGUUUUGACGAGGUGGUUUCCCAGAGCCUGAUGAGCCGGCUUAAAGGGCGGAGCUUCAGCGACCCCAGCCGUAACCACCUCCGCCGCAGCCGGAGCGAGGAUCACCCCGAGCGCCUCCUGGUCUCCACCCGCGCCAGCUCAGUGCCACGCACCCACGCAGAGGAAGGCGUGGCCCCCCCAGCCCGCGGCAUGCGCAAGACCACCUCGCUCAUUGCUGGGCAUUCCAGCGGCACCACCACCAACUGCAGGACAGUCAGAGUGUGUAAGGGCAACAUGAGUUUUGGGUUCACUCUUAGAGGCCAUGCUCCAGUGUGGAUUGACUCUGUCAUCCCCGGAAGCCCAGCAGACAAGGCAGGUCUGAAGCCAGGAGACCGUAUCCUGUUUCUUAACGGACUGGACAUGAGGACCUCCUCCCAUGAGAAGGUGGUGUCUAUGCUCCAGGGCAGUGGUGCCAUGCCCACUCUGGUGGUAGAAGAUGGUCCACCGACUUUAACUCUAGCAGAGCAGGAGCUUGCAGGGGGCGGCAUUCCCACAGAACGUGCCCGCUCACCUGUGCUCAGCUCACUGCAGUGGGUGGCAGAGAUUCUGCCCCCCAGCAUCCGGGUUCAAGGCCGGACCUUCGGACAGCAGCUGGAGCACCUGCUGACUAUCCAGGAGAGGUACACCAUCUGCAAGGCUCUGGAAAACUUCUUCCAGCACAGGAAUGUUGACACUCUGAUCGUGGACGUGUUCCCGGUGCUGGAUACUCCAGCCAAACAGGUGAUCUGGCAGUUUGUUUACCAGCUGCUGACCUAUGAGGAGCAGGAACACUGCCAGAGCAAGAUCUCACGCUUCCUCGGAUACAAAGCGCCAGUUCCACCACCACCACCUCCUCCUCCCCCUCCUCCGGAGCCCGAGGUUGCCCCUGAGCCCCACCGGCGUAGCAGCUCCAUGAGGGUGACAGGGACCACGUACAGGAGCAGUGUGAGGGGACGUAGCUCUGAUGACCUGGUCAUUGGCACACACUUGGGCAUGGGCCUCCGGGCAGAGCCAAUGCUGGAGACAGGGAUGAGGUUGGCUCCAGGAGAGAGACAGUCAGGAGAUGGUACUUCCCUUCCCGAGACUCCCAACAACCUCACCAACCUGUCAGCAGUGUACGCUGAACUGGAGAACAUGUAUUCAUCCAAGAGAUCCAAGUCUCUGAAGAGUCGUCCCCCUCCUGACCCUGAGAGUUUGCUGGAUUUGGAGCCUCCCUCGCGCACAGCCUCCCCUACAAUACAUGCUAAUACAGGUAGUCGUAAAGGCCCCCCACCUCCUACAUCCUGGCCGGAGCCUCUCCCCAGCCCCCCUCAGUCACAGUUCUAUCCACCAGGGCUGACAAGCCAGACAAGUGGGGAGUCCAAUCCCUACAUCAGCCUGGACAGUCCCCCUCCUUCACCUCCAGAGCCUCCCGAUUAUCCCUCUAGUCCCCCCGCCCACCGCAACAACAAGCGGCGAUACACCUUCUCAAAACCACCACGGUCAGAAGACACGGAUCGCUUUCUGGAUGCGCUGAGCGAGCAGUUGGGUCAGAGGGUGGCCAUCGUUGAUGACUUCCUGACCCCUGAGAACGACUAUGAAGAGGAUAUUGUGCAGAUGGGCUUCCCAGAUGAGGAUGAUGAGGACAAUGAAGAGGAUUUGGGGGUGGAUGAAGACGAGAAUGGCGGAUUUGUUGCACCAGAGCUCAGUAGCCCGAGCGAUGUGCAGAGUAGCAGUGGAGAAGAGAAUGCCUCUUCCCUCACUUACUCUUCCUCAUCUGACCACAUCCCUCCGCCCCCGAUGACACCUCCACCACCCCCGCCUGUACAGUUCAAUGACCCUCCUCCUCCCCCUCCACCACCUGCACAGACUCAGUCUCAGCACCAACAACAGCAGCAACCAAUCAGCUACACCCCUGAACACUCUCCAAGAGCAUAUGUGCCCAUUCGGAGGAAAUCUGGACCGCCUCCUCCACCUCCACCCCGCAGUAAUCCACCACCUAAACGCCACUCCUUACAUAAAGUGAUCCCCUCAAGAGAGGACCUGCAGGUCCAUGCUACCAUACAGGAGCUAAAAGCCUACCAAGAACAACAAGUCUACCAGGAAAGACAAGCCUAUGAGGAGCAACAAGCAUACAAGGAGAGGCAGGUUUUUGAGGAGCAGAAAGCCUAUGAAGAACAACAACUGUUCCAAGAGCAGCAGGCCUAUCAGGAGAAACUUUUCAAAGAGAGACAAGCAUAUGAAGAGCAGAAAGCCUAUGAGGAGCAAAAAGCUUUUGAAGAGCAACAGUUGUACCAGGAGCAACAAGCCUACCAAGAAAGACAAGCAUAUGAACAGCGCCAAGCCUACCAAGAACAAAAAGCAUAUGAGCAGCGUCAAGCAUACAAGGAGCAAAAAGCAUUUGAGGAACUUCAAGCCUACCAGGAACAAAAAGCUUAUGAGGAACGUAAAGCCUAUGAGGAGCAAAAAGCUUUUGAGGAGCGUCAAGCCUAUGAGGAGCAACAAGCGUACCAAGAGCAGCAGAUGCACCAGAUCUACCAGAGCCACCACUCGAUGCCUAACCAGCCAACGCAACAGAAAGCCCACUCACCACUGCCUCUCCAACAACUCCACCAAUCCUUACCCCCACUUCCCUCACCAGACUCCACCCAUCACCACGCAAACCAUCCUCUAUAUAUGAUGCGCCAGGCACAACAACAACAACAGGCCCACCAGAGUCAUCUUAAUCGACGACAGUCCCGUUCUGCCCCACCUCCACACCAGCCUUCCCCCCAACCAACAGCCCACCCCAGCCAACAAGCUCAGUACUCUGAGGGCAUCUACCAAAGCCAUCAGGGCAUGAGACCCCAGCCCCACCAUUCUUCAGCAGAGAUGCUCCACCAGAUGCACCAAGCCCCAGCCCAUCACUCCUCCACCGAGAUGCUCCAUCAGUUGCAACAAACCCAGGCUCACCACGCUUCUGCAGAUAUGAUCCAGCAGAUUCAACAAGCCCAUGCACACUACUCAUCUUCUGAAAUGCUCCACCAAGUGCACAAAACCAAGGCCCAUCAUUCUUCAACAGAGGUUCUGCAACAAGCUCACCAGAUGCAGCAAAUGCAGCCCCACCACUCCUCAACUGAACUUCUCCAUCAAGCUCACCAGAUGCAUCGAGGACAAGCGCACCAUUCUUCGACUGAGCUGCUCCAUCAAAUUCACAAACCCCAGGCCCACCACUCCUCCACAGAACUGCUCCAUCAAGCCCAUCAGAUGCAUCAAACUAAGCCCCAUCACUCCUCCACAGAACUUCUGCAUCAGGCCCAGCAAGAGCCUGCCUCCCUCCCAGUUCAGCUAAACCGGGACAGCCACUCCCAUCAGAGCCGGAGAAGUCUAAAAGGUCAUAAUCAGAGCCAAGUGUCAUCACAAGGGAGACACCAGGAGCAGCAGAGCCACCAGACCCAUCAUCCCCAGCCCACCAAACCCUCUCCCCAAAGACCCCACUCUAUACAGCAGACCCACCACCACUCCAGCACACCUCAGAUCCACCACAUCCACCACAUGACCCCACAGCCCCCUCCACAGGACUACCAACACCAGAUUCAUGUCAUCCACCCUCCCCAGCAGCCACACAGGCCUCAGCCUCUCCUCUCCACCUUUCAGCCUCUCCAGCCACAUCAGCCCACCCUCUCCACUUUCCAGCCUCUGCCCCAACACCAUCAAUCCCAGCACCAAGUCCAAUCCUCCACCCAAGCGACCCGUCCACAGUCCCAGCCCUCACAUCACCUGCUGCAGUCGCCACACCAGCCGCAAAGUCAGUCCCACCAUAAACAGUCCAACCCCCAGCCCCAGUCCCUCCCCCAUUCCCUAUCUGAUCCCUCAGAGCACCUGGAGCCCCCUCCACCCCCACCUCUGCCCCCACCCUGUUCCCCUCCACCCUUGCCCAGGGCUAGGCUCUCCAGGAUGGACUCCAACCACAUGAGUGUGAAGAGGUUGCGCUGGGAGCAAGUGGAAAACUCAGAGGGGACUAUCUGGGGACAGUUGGGAGCAAAUUCUGACUAUGACAAACUGCAUGACAUGGUGAAGUAUCUGGAUCUGGAGCUGCACUUUGGGACACAGAAGAGCUCCUUGCCUGCUCCAGAGCCAACCCCCCAACUAGAAACGUUUAAGAAGAAAGAUGUGAUUGAAAUUCUGUCCCAUAAGAAGGCCUACAAUGCCUCCAUCCUGAUAGCCCACCUGAAGCUGUCUCCUGGGGAGCUGCGUCAGGUGCUAAUGAACAUGGCCACUGACCGCCUGGAACCAUCCCACAUCAAACAACUGCUGCUGUAUGCGCCCGAUGCAGAGGAGGUGAAAAAGUACGAGGAGUACAGACAGGACCCCAGCAAACUCAGUGAGCCGGACCAGUUUGUGUUGCAGAUGUUAUCUGUGCCAGAGUACAAAACCCGCCUGGAGAGUCUCCUCUUUAAGUGCUCUCUGCAGGAGAAGACAGAGGAGCUGAGGGGAUCAUACGACUGCCUCUACAAGGCUUCGCUGGAGCUGAAGACGAGCAAGAAGCUGGCUAAGAUACUAGAGUUCUGCUUGCUGCGUCCUGUCUUCCUUCAGUUUGUGCUGGCGAUGGGGAACUACCUGAAUAACAGCCAGCCUAAAACCAACAAGACGACAGGCUUCAAGAUCAACUUCCUUACAGAGUUGAGCACAACUAAAACAGUGGAUGGGAAGUCGACAUUUCUUCAUAUUCUGGUUAAAUCGUUAUGUCAACACUUUCCUGAGGUGUUGGAUUUCUCCAAAGAUUUAACCAUGGUUCCUCUUGCAGCCAAAGUAAACCAGAGGACUAUAACGUCAGAUCUCAACGACCUGCAUACGACCAUCCAGGACAUACGCUCAGCCUGUCAGAAGAUGCCUGCAACUGCUGAGGACCGCUUUGCUGUCGUCAUGAGUAACUUCUUGGAGAACAGUCACCCAGCUGUUCAAUCUCUGGAGUCCCUGCAGCAGAGAGCAAUGGAAGAAUUCAGCAAAACUGCCUCUUAUUUUGGAGAAGACGGCAAAGCCACCAACACCGAGGCCUUCUUUGGUAUCUUUUCUGAGUUUAUGGCCAAGUUUGAGAGAGCUCUCAGUGAGUGGCAAGCAGCAGAAAGCCUGAAGAGCCCCAGAAGUCCACGAAUGGCCUCCCCACUGGCUUGGUAACAUACACACACACACACACACACACACAGACGCGCGCGCACGCACACACACACACACACACAGAUGACUAUUAUGUACAUGCACACACAUGCACAAUCGCACACAUGAAUGCACACUUCUGAGCAAAAAAACAAGAUUUUAUGUAUUAAUGUGUUGUUGGUGAAAUCAAGGAAUGGAGAAACUUUUACAUCAAAGAUGGACAAUUUAGCUUUAUAAAAGUGGUUGUAUCUACUGUGCGUCUUUCAAAAUCUAACAGAGUUUUCCUAAGUCUAAAACCUAAAUUGCUUAGACGUCUUUAUCUAUUUGAACGAUAGUUACUCAGAAACUUCUCAUAGUUUAAGUUUUCUUUCUUUAAGCCUGAGUUCAGGUCUCCUCUGUAAGUGUGUUAUCACAGUCAAAACCUUGUCAUAUAUCUAUGAAUAAGACAGAUUUACAAGAAUACAUUUUAUCCUGAAAUAGACAGUUAAUUAAAACACACUCACAUCGACAUGGUGGUUUGGAAGAAGCCCCUGAAGCAGUUUUCCUGUUAGUUUACAUGUUGUGUGUUUUUGUAAGUUGCCCACCACACUGAAUGUAACAUAAGUUCUUUACAGACUAAGUGUAGCUUAUUUUCUUUAGUGAAUAUUAAUUUAAAUCAGCUGUCCUGAUGAUGGAUUGUUUAAUAUACUGCAUUCUAUCUAUCAGCUUUUUUCCCCCAAAUUCCUGCCAUAGCAGUUACAGCCAUAUAUUAACUUUUUUCUAAAUGGUAUUUCUCUUGUAUGAUACUUAACAUUUAAGGCUACUACUUUGUAUAUAUGAGACAUUGUCAGUGGGAAGUUGGCACUUAAUAUUUGUUUUUUCUAAAAAGACAAUUUAAACUGCUCUGAGGAUCAUUUCUAAGUUGUCUGUGGUCAUUAGCGCACUAAUUACAGGAGGCAGGAGUGGGAUUAUGUGGAGCCAACAGCGGGCAGUGUGCAAUAUGUGAGGAGUGUUUAGCUGUGUGCCACUGUUCCAUAUUAUACUCUUCAAACUGUUACAGAGAUAUUGUGUUUGUACUGUAAAGAGGGUGGAUGUAAAGAUCACUGGUACAAUAUGUAUGAAGCACUUUGUUAUGUGUAUUUAUCACCCAAAUAUUUAUUUUAUUGACUGUGUUAAAUGAACUGAUGACCAUGACAGCAAAGUCAUUAAAGGGGCAGUUCCCCCCAAAAUAUGUAUUUUUCCUUUCACCUGAAUUUCUGUUAUUGUUUUUUAAUACAUUUUUUUUGUUUUAGUGUAACUGAAUUUUGUAUCAGCUGUAGCAAUGGAACUUGGACGGCCCACAGCCUGUAGUGCUCAAAGCAACAAACAAAAAAGAAGGGGGGGUUCCUACACGAAACUGCUCCUCUAGCAUAAUUUCUUGCCGUUCUUAAUUAGCGUAUUUGAAUGAAGAGCAAGAAGAGUCUAAAUCAGUUGGUGGUUGCAUUGCUCAGCUGGUCACACACAGGAGUUUCACGUCCUGUGUUGUUUGUGCCCAAAUAAAUAAUUGUUUUAUUUUCAUUGUCACAUAAAGCACAAUGAUUUCCUAAACCUAACCAAAUAGUUUUUGUUGCCUUAACCUAACAAAACGUCUGACUCUCGAGGCUAAUAACAGUCGUCAUUAGUUUCUGUGCCCAACUUAAGCACAGAGUGUCAUUGUUUGAAGCUUAAGGCCACUGACCAAGCUGUCGUAUUUUAUGAGCUGAGAGUGGCCAAUAUCUCCAGAACUCACACCAAAACAAUUUAGACAGAUAAAAAGCCCUACAGGUAAGAGCAAAAUAUGUAUUUUCAAUUCUCGGGGGUGAACUGUCCCUUUAAGUUUAGUGUAGUUGAUGCAGUAUUUUGCAUCACUUUCAAACAGUUAAUAAUGCAGCAAACCAGUUUCUGAGGCGUUCCAGUGCUGUGUAAAACAUAAAGCUUAGUCUGCAAGAGAUGUUUUUAAAUAAGGAGAAAUUAUUACUAUAAUAGCGUGUGCAGCUCUUAAAGAGUCAAAGCUGUUUUGUUUUCCUGAUGAUUUAAGUUGCUUUUUUCUUCUUUUUUUUUUUGCUCAAAUGACAGAAUGUAAACCUCUGAAGCAUCGCUGUCCAUUAUAAGGCCUAUAAAGUGUUAAGUCUGUAUUUUGUAUUGUAUCCUGACAACGCUGAUGACUAUAAAGAGUGUUAUGAAAUCUUCCCCUGCCUGAAUGUCUGUGAUUUAUGAUGGAGUUGUGUUGUCUUACAGAGAGAUACAACUCUUUAUCUACUAGUUUAUUAUUUACAGUACAAAGGAAAACACAACCACUGCCUUCAUUUUUACUUGUUUCCGCAACUGUGUCUUUACAACUGCUGCUGACACACCUGACAUUGCUGCAAUCAGUUUAUCAGCCCUGACGUGUAUCGUCCGGAUACAAAAACACCUUCACUAAUUCUUAUGUCUUUCAUUAUAAGGGUUUGUUACGUCU